AUGAGUGAUAAGGAAGUAUUUGCUUUCAGGUCCCGAUUAGUAGACCCGGAUGAAUGGCAUCCAGAUAUUGUUGUCGGUGUCGAUUUCGGCAUGACAUACACCGGAGUGGCCUACUCGUGUGCGCCAGGGUGGUUACCACCGAAGACAAUUCAGCGCUGGCCUGGCAAAUUGCCUGGUGAGCUGGCGAACAAGGUGCCUACAUGCAUUGAAUAUGAAGCCGACUCGACUACGGUGAAAAACUGGGGAUUCCUCUGUGAUCAAGAAGAUCAGUCUUCCAUGAUACACGAGUUCUUCAAACUCCAUCUGGCACCUCAUUAUCGUGAUGAGCAUAGCACUCCUGGCAGUGGUCCUAGCAGAAUGGAGGCGCAGAAAUGGUUUCGAGACUAUGUUCAAUGCAUUUAUCAGCAUGUAAUGAAUCAUCUAGCCAGUACAAUCCCAGACUUUCCAGUAAAGAAGGUCGAAAUUCUUUUCAGUGUUCCGACUACCUGGAAGGACGUACGAAUGAUUGAAGAGACCAGAAUUCUCAUAGAGCAGGCAAUAGUGAUGAAGUCACCCAAUCAUCAAGCUACAAUUGGGUUAACUGAAGCUGAAGCCGCGGCUGUCUAUGCUUGUAAGCAACAUUAUCAGAGUGGCGAUAUUAUUUUGGUUUGUGAUGCUGGAGGAGGAACAACUGAUGUGAACGUACUCAAAUUGAUGUCAUUAACCGGUGAGCCAACAGUUCUCGAGCAACUCGGUAAUGUUGAGGGACGGCCCAUCGGGUCUGUCUUCAUUGACAGAACCAUACAUCAGCUUCUUUGCGAAAGACUGUCGAAAAUUAGUAAUCACUUAUCGAAGUCUCCAAGUGCUACAGCGUGGAAAAUGAUAUCUGGACGGUUCCAACGACUUAAAUGCUCCUUUGGUACCGAAGCCACAUCAACGCCAUGGUUAAAACUCGAUGUCCCCUCACUGGGACCUGGAGUAGACUUCCCCGCGGCGCAGAUUCAGAAUGGACAAAUGCAAAUUUCAUGGGAUGUUUUGAAACGGUGCUUUGAUACAAAGAUUGAGGAAAUGUGUGCACUUCUUGAUUCACAAAUUGAGCAAACACGCACCAAAUAUCCAAAUGAGAAAAUCUCAUACAUUGUUCUCUCUGGAGGGUUCGGUAGCUCUCCAUAUGUGAGGAAACGUCUUCUUGAUCGGUAUAGUAGCUUAACCGUAACAUCUAUUGAUACUCACAUCGAUCAAACGGGAAUGGAUGUUCUCAUGGCAGAUGAGCCGCAACUUGUUGUGGUUCACGGUUUGGUGCUGGACCGGAUACAACAACUCCAGCGAGGAGUAGUUAUCUUCGGAUCGAGAUGUUCACCCGUGAGUUAUGGGAUUAUCUGUGACAAGAUAUAUGACCCUGUAAAACAUCUCGGGGAACCGUUAAGACUAGAUACCCAUGACAACAAGACGUACGCCAUUCGCCAGAUAGAUUGGCUCGUUAUUCAGGGAAAGCCAGUUCCAUACACAGGAAUAACGAAAGAGUUCCAGCUUAAAAUGCAACGUGAUGAAAACGACGAAGUUUGGAAAGUCCAUAUUGUUAUGUCAACUCUCUCACCCUCAAAUCUUCCUCAGAGUAUGAACCAAGGGGGUGCACAACAAGUGUGCAGUCUAGAUAUUGCCACGGAGUUUGCGGAUCGAAAACUUAAAAAUCGUCAUUGGUACAAUUUCAAGCCUGCCUACUGGAGAGCCACAUUCGAUGUGAAAGUGAUGGUUGGACCUGCUGACCUUAAAUUCCAGCUAUGGAAUAAGGAGACUCGCAUCAGGAGUAGAGAUCAUCAGCCGAUCCGAGUGAAGUGGGAGCCGGCGGCAAGACUGAACGAAGAACGCAACAAUAUAGGUAAUAGUCGUGCAUAG